CCUUGAUCCCCCCCCAUUCAACACCUGCACGAACCUCACAAUAUUAUUUCGGGACCACAUAUUCUCGUGCAGAGAUAUCGAGUCCUCGACAAUCAAAAUGGCUGACCGAUUCCCUUCGUUGGAGGAUUUCGACUCUGGUGCCCAGACCGACAUCAAGGACACAUCAGACGCACCGUCUGCGGCCAAUUUCCUCGAACGAGAGAAAGCGAUUCUCGGUGAAGACGCCAACCAGUUCGCGACAGUUGAGGAUGCCGGUUUCGACGACGGCGACAACGACCUUCUAGGCGACGGCGGCGUCGUCAGCUCGCCCGGCAACAACGCCGCGUUCGAGUCCCAGUUCCCGGACAUUACCAGCUCCAACGAGGGAGUUGCACCCGGCGGCACAAUUACAGGGGGCCCGUCAGUUAGCUAUAACUCGGGCUACAAGACCUCCGCCGAUGAGGAGGAGGAGCCUGAGGUGAUCAGGGAGUGGCGCGAGAAGCGGGACGCCCAGAUUGCCAAGCGAGCCGAGCAAUUCGCCCGUCAGCGGGAGGAGACGAUUCGGGAAGCCCAGCGGAACAUUGACGACUUCUACGAAAACUACAACAACAAAAAGGAAAAGAUGAUUGCGCAGACCCGCAAGGAGGCCGAGCAGUUCCUGGCCAACCGCGAGGACACUACGUCGGGCGGCACCAGCUGGGAGCGCAUUGCCAAGCUGGUCGACGUGAGCGGGAAGGGCGCAAAGGGCGGUGCGGCUGGCUCGGGCAAGGAGCGGUUCCGGGAGCUGCUCAUCAGCCUGCGGAAGGACGAGAGGGCACCCGGCGCAACGGGGUAUUAGAGAUACCAGGCACAGAAUGACUGGCGAGAUACACGGCGACGGUGUCUUCGAAUCAAGCCAUCGCCGCUACAAUCAUGACAAUGACCAUCAUCAGAAUCACUCUUAAUGUACUUUUAGACGGUGGCCUUUCGAUUCGUAAGCAGGGCUUCGGAUACUUGACAGUGCGGGCGUCAGAGGGGCCAUAGUUUGCAUGCAGAGUGCACAAAGGGAACACCGGUGAGGCGGACGUUAAAUUCUUUCAAGUCCCAUAAACAAACCACAACGUUCUGUGGCUGCUUCUAUAUCUCAGCUUCACCCUACAUGUACAAGCCACCGCUACAUCUAUCUCCCUUGCUUGCUUAGGAGCCGCCGAGGCUUAGUCGCUGAACCAGGUGUUCUUGCCGAAAAUCCUGCGGCCCAUGGCGUAGAGGGUGGCGGCAGUGGUUCCCCAAAGGAGGAUGUUGUAGGGCGUCAGAAACAAGCUGCUGCGAGGGUUAAUCCUCCAAAUGCGCGUAUGCGCCUUGUACGCUUGCUGGUAGAACUUCUGCUGCUCAUGCACCUUGUUGGGGGCGUUGAUGAGACCCAUUUUGAAUGAGUGGAGCGGAGAUGCAGUCGGCGUGAUCUGGUUGUUGGUGUUGGGAAAGGACCGUGGUAGUGGU